AAUAGUUUGUCUCUAUGGCAUUAUACAUCGGUGCUGCAAAGAACAGUUGAUACGAUCUGAUAUUUUAGCAAAAAAAUGUCCGUUUCGAUCGAAAUAUUAUCUGAAAAUUAUACAUUAGACCUUUCAGUCCCGGACGUCAAGUGGAAUUUUUUGGGCAUAGCAACAAAUAUAUUCGAUAUAGUCGGCCUCUGUUUCAUGUUACUUGGGUUUCUGCUUAAUUACUUCUGCUACAUUACUGGAAAUCAUCUGCCCGAGUCAUCGAGUGCCACUUUGAUGAAGUAUGUCGCAGUGUGGGACUCAAUUUCCCUCUUCAAAAUCGGAGUGCUUGGUAGCGGAAUGACCGCAAUGGGACUGCAGUGGGAAUUAUACUCGGAGGUGCUGUGCAAACUUUAUGGGUACUUUCGCAUGGUCUGCUCGUUUGCUGCAGCUUACCACGUCUUGCUACUGGCACUGGACCGCGUGAUAUUGCUGAAAGCCCCUGCUUGGCAUCACAACAAUGCGUCUGGUCGAAACAUAUUGCUUGCAAGCUGUAUAGUUACUGCAUUUGGCUUAAUAAUCAGUACUUCGGCGCUGUUGGUAUUUUCCAAGCAGAAUGGCGAAUGCGCUUUCACCCAACUAGAUGAUCAAAUUAUUCUGAGCCACGUUUUAAGAUCCUUCAACUUGCUGUUCAUAUUGCUGGGACCAUGCUUGACUCUGAUCAUCUGCAACAUUCUUUUUGUUCGAGAACUGAGAUCACGUGACGCUAAGAAACAGAAAACUCGGGCAACAGAUACAUGCAGAAACACUGCCACAGCUAGCUCACAAAACCAGCAGCGUCUAUUUCAAAAAAGGAAAAAUCUUCAAGAUUACAUCAAAAUGAUCAUGCUCAUGACUAGCGCCUAUCUAGUUUGCACUAUUUGUAUCAUUAUCAUGGUUUUUCUUAUCGCGAACACACCCAUGAACUCAGCAUUAUGGCUCCUUUUAAAAUCAAUUUUGAGCAGUUUUUCAAUUCUGAAUGUUUCGGCUAACUUCUUUUUCUAUCUUUUGAGUGGCAACGCAUACCGAUCUUCGUUUGUGCGAGCGGUCUCUUCAAGAGUUCGCAAGACCAGAGAGCCGGAACCAGAAUCAGCAGUGACCAGAAAUGUGUCAACUGUAGCAGCAGCGACUACUCCCUUCUAAGCAUCUGGAAUGGUCACCAAUUUCGAUGAAUGGUUAAAACUCAAAUUAGAUGAAUCUUAA